ACAUCUACUAGAGGGAAACAUCUUAGAUGUUUUUCCCUCAAAAUAGUUAGAAAAAAAAUUAUGUAACUGAUACAAUAGGGUUCAUGUUACAUACUAUACAUAGACUUGUGCUGGAAUUCUGAAAACUCAACAAAAUGGAAGACUUAGAUGAUAGUGACCCAAUUGAAGGGGACAUGGAAGCCCAGUUUAAUAAAGCUGCAGCUUACCUACAAACUCUGGCAAACACCUUGCCCCAGGACAAAUUACUGCACUUCUAUGCGAGAUAUAAACAAGCAACUGAAGGUCCUUGCAAUAUCUCCAAGCCUGGUUUCUUUGACUUCAAGGGUAAACAGAAAUGGGAAGCAUGGAAGAGCAUGGGUGACCUGAGCAAAGAGAAUGCCAUGAAGGAAUAUGUAAAUGCCAUGAGAGAAACAGACCCAGAGUGGGAACUGAAGGCCACUAGUGAGAAGGGUGGGUCUUCCAGCUGGGUGAGGGUCAGCACACUACAGCAGCAGCCAGAAGACAUCACCAAGGAUGAAGAAAAAAACUCCUUUGACUGGGUGAAAGAAAACAACGUAGAGAAAGUGAAGAAUCUGCAGCGUGGAGAAAUGAUGGAGAAAGAUGAGAAUGGAAUGACACUCCUCCACUGGGCUGCUGACAGGGGACACCAAGAGAUUGUCAAAUAUCUUCUUGAACAAAAGUUGGAUGUCAAUGCACAGGACAGUGAAGGGCAGACAGCUCUCCACUUUGCUGCAUCGUGCAGCCACCUGGAGGUUAUCAGGGUCCUGCUGGAUCAUGGAGGAGACCCCACCAUCCAGGAUGCUGAUGGCCUCCAGCCUGAGGAAUGUGCUGAAGAGACAGAUGUUAAGAGGAUGUUAAAGACCUAGUAGUGUUCAUGAGGGCAAUGCUUCAGCAACCCCAUCCUGUUCCUUCAUUUUGGAAGUUUAAAUAAACUGCUGCACAUUUUAUCCUCAAAAACAUUUGCAUUAUUGAAUUUAAGCUUUCAUUUAUGUACAAAGUAUUUUUUUGUAACAAUAAAAAGCAAUGGAC